AUGGGAGGGGGGGAUACCGCCAAGGACCCGUCGGGAAAGGGCGACGCGGCGACGCCGCACAAAUAUGCCGGGGUGGUUCACCCGAAUUUAAUCUAUUCCCGCAACCCUUUACACUCGGCGUCAUCGCCGAUCUCGCUGGGGAAAGAAACGAUCUAUUUCAAUCGCAUCCAACUACUUCGUCUACUGCUCAUUCGCUGCAAUGCGUUUACGAUGCUUAAACUCUACAAACAAGCCCUAGUGGACGCCACCGCCGCCGUGGAGGUUUCCGAGGGGAAAUCCGCCCAGGCCUAUCUCCAUUUAGGCCGGGAAUAUCGCCGAUUUUUGCGAAUUCCCGAGGCCGUCGCCGCCUUCGACGCCGCGGAAGGGAUAUUACGGGCCAUUCACCUCGCCGAUCUCGCCGGGCAUCCGACGAUUACGGAGGAUAUCCUGCCGGAGCCCCAGAGCGAUGCGGAUUUUUGGGCCCAACGCGGCUUUCGCGAGUGCGAUGUGCAAAAACUUCAUCUUCGUCGGGAGCAAUUCGAAGCGUCGUCGUUUUCCACCACGGGCAUUUCUGUGGGAGUCGGGGUUUCCCGCGCGGGGAAUACCUUGGACAGUGCGCAGGAAAAGGAUCACAAUGGAGAGAGGGAUUCCAACGGGGAAAAGGAUGACGACGAGGAAACGGACGCGGGGGCUCCUGAGGAGGAGGCCGACACGCGUUGUCUUCGACUUUUCGGGAUGACCGCGGGGGAGCUCGCGGGGUGGCGGCAUCACGCCCGCGAGGCCCGCUCCGUGAUGGCUGUGCAGGGCCACCACGCCUUGGCCCUGCCGAUGCACCACGCGAUUUUGACGCUCCUCACCCGGCGAAUCGCGGAGGUUCGCGGGGGGCUGUUGAUUUCGAUCGAAAACGCGCUGACGAUCCCGCUCGGCCUCGUCGGAUCGCUCGCGCCGGAUUGGGGCUUUUAUGUCGACUUCGACUUCCCGACGGGGAUUCGGCAUGGGCACUGCGGACUCGCGAUGCUUCAGCCGCGGCACUGGGGGGGCUACUCCGGGUGCGUGAUUUACGCCCUCGGGGAGACGCUCUGCUGCUUUUUUUACUUUGAGCGGACGAUAAUGGGGGCGAUUAAAUUCGGCGUUCACUUUCACGAGGUCCUCACCGAUGUCCUUCGGCAGGCGCUACGGCAGAAGGCGAACUCCACCGCGGUGGGGGCGGCGUUUUCCAGCCCAGGCCACGUCAUCGCCAAUGGCCAGCUCAACCACUCCCCCGCGGGUUCGAACGAGCUGCACACGCCGACGCUGAAAGGGAGCGUCCUGAUGAACAGCGCCACGGCGCACGCGAACCGGCUGGUGGCGUUAAACACUCUCCAGACGCCGCCCUCGACGACCUGGGAGGCCGUCCACACGACGAGCCUUCCGGACGGCCGCCUGGUGAAGGCCUCGGCGUUUCUGCAUGGGGCCCAGACGGUUUAUUUCGCCCUUUCCGAGAUCCCCCCGGUGCGGCUCAGCGCGGUGGAGAUGCUCCCCGCGCUGGAGUACGCCGGCCCGCUGGUCCUCAAGAAGCUGAGCGUGGUGAGCAAACGCUACCGCGCGAUGGUGAAUUAUUUGCCCCCGCCGAUGUUCUUCGGCGGCGAGCGGCAUGCCUAUCCAGAUUAUUGCACAAUGGGGGAUGGCCUGAGCUCGCCCUGGGUCUUUCGCGGGGGGCGGGCGAUGACCUGGCGGAUCCUCCUCGAGGCCACCACCCCGGACCACGAGGAGUUCCGCGUGGUGGCGGGGAAAGCCAACUUGGAGGGGGCCCCGCGUGCGAUUUUGUGCAUCGUUACCAGCGCCCCGAUGAAGGUGUCGGGGAUGGUGUAUUAUGGGGACUGCCGAUGCCCGCUCCUCGCGAUCCGCGAGAGCCGAAUGCCCUUUCGGAGCACGCUUUAUUUCACCACCCCCAACGCCCGGGGGUUCGCAAAUUGUCGGGUGGACCCCCGGCAGCACUUCACCCUCAGCCUCACCGCUGGCGGCCUCGAGGAGGUCCUUUACUGCGCCCACCCCCACUCCGAUGAGCGAGGGGAAGGGGAGGUGAAGGGGGGAGAAAUGGGGGGGGGGAGGGGAGGGGUGAUCCGAAUCACGCAAGGCUCCACCGGCGAGGAUACCGGCCCCUCGUCGGACCCUAACCUCCUCUCCAACUUCGUGUCGAGGACCUACAUGAAGCAAUUCCUCUUCAAACGCCCCGCGCGGGCGGGGGAGAAUAACGCCGGGGAUGCCAUAAAUGGCUCUGCCACCGCAGCAAAACUCCGGAUCUUCCCAGUCGGCUGCUGCCCUUUGAAGAAACGAACGGUGAUGGGGGAGAUAACGUUCAUGCCGGGCGCCGAUACGCUGCUCCUGACGGCGAUGGCUUUUUGCAUGAUUCGAUGGUAA